CGUGGUCCGAGAAUUCCAUCUAUUUGUCUGUGAUCGUGUGUGUGUGUGUGUCUGUUGACGCCCGAAAUUUUUUGUUAUUCCGUCACACUGCUCAUACACUAUACCUAUAGGCUAUAAUAUUAUAGUUUUGUAUUAGCGAAAUCCGCUCGUUUACCGCCGUGUAUUUAGUGAUUUUUCUACGUAGUUUUUCUGCGCGCAGUAUAGAUUGAUUUUUUUUAUACACCGUCGAAAUAAAGUUGUGAUAAACGCUAUUUUUUUUAUUAGUUUUUUUUUCUAUUCAAAUUAUUCUAUCCUUGUGAACGGAAACGAGUUCCGCCAUUUUUACGACAACAAUCUAUACAGCGGGUCCAUCGGGUGCACUUUGUACUAACCCGGGUUGGGGACCACUAGUGCGAUCCAUCGAGGCCGAGACGAGAAGACGACGACGGUGACACGGAGUGUUUACGGACGUAUAGGUAGAUAGGUAUGUACGAUAACAAAUAUCUAAUCAUAAUACGGAAAUCAAAAUUAUGCUGUUGUCGAUAACUUUUGAAUACACUCAAAUAUGAGAUUGGCUGUAUAAUGUAAUCUGUAUCUGACAUAACUAUCAAAUUCAUUUCAGCUUAUAAGUGGCAAAAUGCAAACUAUCAAGUGUGUGGUCGUCGGUGAUGGUGCUGUCGGUAAGACUUGUUUGCUCAUAUCGUACACAACAAACAAGUUUCCUUCGGAAUAUGUACCGACUGUAAGUGUGAAAUACCUAUAAUAUUAUGUUAUUGUCCUUAUCGCAUGUAUUUUAUUAUUAAGACUUGGGCAUGCAGCUGCAUAUUUUUCCUUUUAAUGCUUAAAUUAUUUGUGUUAUCUUACCUAUUAUCUAUAGGUGUAGUUGAUUAUGUAUCUAUAAUCAUAGGUAAAAAAAAAAAAAAAAAUGAAUAGGCCAUCCCUUGAUAGAUAUCCUGCAUAUAUUUUUGUUCUAGUAAUAUGGUAGACUUUGGUGAUUUGUUUACACUAUUUUAUUUGAUAGGACUAAGUAGUAACAAUAAAUAAUGUGAAUAAUGCAACAUUUUGUCGUGAGAAAAUGCUGGUUCCUGCUCUUGAUAAAUGCCCUUAUGUUUAUUAAAAUUGUAUUAGCAGACUCGAGUUGAUAAUAAGUAUUAUGUUUUACUAAAGUAUAGUAUAAAUUACAGUUGAAAGUAAUUAUUUAUAGUAUUUAAAACAUAACUUAUUUCUUAUAAUAUAAGUAAAUAAAUCUAAUUGUGGUAAUGAUUAAGAUUUGUUAUGGCCACUCUGCUAAUUGUCAAUAAUUCUCCCGAGCAGUAGACAUAGAUAAUAGUAGCAUUCAAACACACACCACCUAAACAUUCUUUAUCUAUUAUUAUAAUAAGUGAAUACUAAUUUCUCAACAAAUAUUAUCACAAAAUACACGGGGAUAAAUAAUUGAGUAUCUACCACUAUAUUAAAAUAUAGAUUGAUUUUUAUUGUUUUUCCCAUUUAUUAUGAAAACCCUUAAAAUAAUUAAAAAGUUACAGUUCUAAAGCACUACCCCAAUCAGAUUUACUUUCAGAAAAGGUGUUAUACUUGAAAAUCAAAGCAGAAUUUCUGGUAGAAAAGUUGUUUAUAGAUAAAAAAAAAAUCACUGUUAAACCAAUACAUUUCUCGCUCCACUCAGAAUCUAAAAUUAAGAUUUACAUUAGGUAUACCUAUAUACAAAAGAUAAUGGAACAUACAAAUAAAUAAUGCCAGUGAGUCCACUAUAGGAAAAGAUACAAAAAUAGGAAGACCAACCUUAAAAAAUAUGUGCAAGGAGAUAGAAGGGAAUGAGAUUAGAGACAAAUGGCGUAAGAUAGUUGAAGCAGUGAAAGAUCUAAAUAAGAGAAAACAGGUUAUAUAUUAAAGAAACCUGUAAAUAUAUCACUGAUAUGAAAAUACAGAUUUGUAAUAAGCAAAUUAUUACUACCAUAAAUUUAAUUUAGUUUUUACUUAGUAAGUUGUUAAAUUUGUUUUUAGUAAAUAUGUCAAAAUUUUAGCGACAAUAUCAAAACUUAAAUAUUCAGCCCUCGUAGAAUAAAAAUUUUUUAUAUAAUAUUACCUGCAUAACAAGCAUAAAGAUAAUAAAAAAUAAAGAUAAGAUAACAGAUAUGGUUUAUAUUAAAAAUUUUGCUUAUCAUGUAAGAAGUAGAAGUAUUGGAAUGUGAAAAACUACUUAUAUUCAUAGUGUAUUUUAUAUGAGAUUUUUAAAUUUCAUGAUUUUUUUAGAAAAAUUUAAUUAUAUAUCAGGUAAAUUAGGUUGUGAUAAUAUAGUGGAGACGUCAGAAAUAAUAGAAUAAGCUUUUUAAAAAAGGUUGAAACUCAUCAUGGAUCAAUAUUAUCAAGUUUUAUUUAGAUAUUCAGAAAUAAUAUUGUGGUCAGGUACAGUAUCUAUAUUGAAAUAUUAUGGUUUCUGCUUAUGAAUAUGAGUGAUGAAAUUAUCAAUUUUGAAUCUGUACUAAUUGCAAUAGCAGCUCUUAGCUUGAAUCACUAAACGAUCUCACACCCAACUAAUUUUAAAGAAAAAGAAAAAGAAUUAAAUUUCAUUAUAAUUAGUACAUUAAAUUAUUUAAUAUUAAAAAUACUAAAAUAGUAGUUGUAAAACUAUCAAAAUAAUAAUUUUUAUUUAAAAAAUGUAUUUUAUAAUGUGCUAUCUAAAAAUUGUUUUAUUCGCCAAAACUAUGUGGUAUGUAUCACUGCUGAUUACAGCUUUUGAAUAAAAUGCUUUGUCGUCUGAGCUAUUCUGAAUAUGUAUACAUCAAACCUAUGCACAGUGAUUUUAUAUAUUUGGGUAUAAUUGAGCUGCGUUCUUACAAGGACGUUUAGAUAAUGUGUCAUAUCGUCUUAAAAUAUAGAUAUCACACACACAUAUAUAUAUUAUGUAUGGAAUAUUUCCCAUUAUUUAUUGAGAAAUUAUUGUCGAUUGGUAUCUUAUUUAAAACUUGAAAUUCUGUGACAAAUUACAAUAAAUCUUACGAUCCUAAUAUAUAUUAUAUUCAAUGUCACUUUGAUUGAAACUCUUCCAAAAGCAGGUUGUCAAUUGAGUUAAUUGUUUUGUCAAAUUGGAAGUAGUAUUUAAUAUUUCAAGGUGCAUUUUCACCUCUACCUAAAUUUAAAAGUGGAAUGUCUUAUCAACAAGUUGACAAAAAUCAAGUUUCAACAACAUAAUGAAACUAUGUAAAAGGAUAUAGAUAAAUUUAUAUUUAAAAUAACAUGUCCUAACUGAAUGACUGACUGAUUCAUCAUUGCCUAGCCCAAACCACUAGGCGGAUCGGGCUAAAAUUUGGCACACAGAUAGCUUUUAUGACGUAGACCAGAGCUAAGAAAGGAUUUUCGAAAAUUCAAAGGGGUUUUUUUUUAUACAUAUAUAUAUAUAUAUAUAUAUAUAUUUAUUUAUUUUUGUUUAUUCAAGGGUUACUUUGGUAUUAUGGAAAAGAAAACUAUUAUAAAUAUUAUUAAUUACUAUUGUUUACACUAUUAAAAUUUCACAAUAGAAUGCAUUUAGUUCGCAGCAGGUGGACACCCACUUUCUACAAUUUGUUUUCAUUUAAUUCUGACAUCGCCAAAACUGAAAAUGAAUAUAGAUAAAAUAAUAGUAAUAAAAAUCGACACAGGCAAUGUUGGGCGUGGGACAGCUAGUAGAUAAAAUAAAGACAAAUACAAAUAGUAAUAAUUAAAUUUAUUAUUAUACACCUUAACUUAAGGUGUUGGAUAUUUUAGCCAAUACAAUUUACCAAAUUUAUGAGUUUAUAUUGAACACUAAAUAGCAGUAUUUGAUUAAUGUUUAUGUAAGAACUUUUUAAUUAAAAAAAUAGAAUAAACAAUACAUUUUAUUUAUUAAAUGUUAAUGUAUUUAUUUUAUUUUUUGCUUAGGUUUUUGACAAUUAUGCAGUGACAGUCAUGAUUGGUGGAGAACCAUACACAUUAGGUUUAUUUGACACUGCAGGUAAAAUAUUACUACAGUUUUGAAUAGUAUAAUCACAAAUAGUUUUAUAUAGAAUUUUUGAAUAGAUUAUGUUAUAAACAUGUACUUAUUUAAUACAUUUUAGGUCAGGAAGAUUAUGAUCGUCUCAGACCUUUGAGUUAUCCACAGACUGAUGUAUUUCUUGUUUGUUUUUCUGUGGUAUCACCAUCUUCAUUUGAAAAUGUCAAAGAAAAGGUAAAAUAAUACUAUAACAACAAGUAAUAUAUCAAUAAUAUUUAAUGAUUUUGUAUGUUUCUAGUGGGUUCCUGAGAUUACACAUCACUGUCAGAAAACACCAUUCCUGCUGGUUGGCACACAAAUAGACCUUAGAGAAGAUGCAACAACUGUGGAAAAACUAGCCAAAAAUAAACAGAAGUCAAUAUCAUAUGAACAGGGCGAGAAGCUAGCUAAAGAACUUAAAGCUGUGAAAUAUGUUGAAUGUUCAGCACUGACACAGGUUAGUACUUCUAUUUUUGUUAUUAUUGAUAAUUAUUACAAAUUAUAAAUAAUUUUAAAUUAGAAUAAGAUCUUUUUGAACAAUUGUAUUUAUUAUUAAAAUAUGCAUUAUUAUUUUUUAAUCCUAAAUUAAUAUUUAACAUAUUUUAGUUUCGAAAAUUGAUUUAGCGUUUACUGUUUUAUUUUAUGUAUUUGGAUAAAAUUAGAUUUUAUAAGUAUUCAUCUGACCCCUUAAAAGAAAUAUAAACACUUCAAAUCUUUGUUGCUGAAACUAGAACAAAUAGCGCUCUUGGUAAUAAACUAAAUUUUAUGAAUAAAAUGGAUUAAUAAGCAAACGUAUAGUGUCUUCAAAUUGGUCUGGAAUAUUGUUUACUGGUCAAUAAUAAAAAUAGUUUUUUAAUAGUUUGAGUUUUAUUGUCUCUCCCUUAGUUCAGUUUCUGGAUAUCUAUUUGAAUUUUAGAUAAUAAAUGCACAUAAAUUGUACUGCAAUUUGUUGAGCUUUUGAAAUAAAAAUAUGCUAUUUAGUUUCCAAUAAAAUAUAUUAAUUUCUUUAAUGUGAAAACAGUCAAUAAAUUAUAAAAAUUAUUCAAUUCAUUUUUCAUAAUUAACAUUUUGAUAUUAUUUAUUUAUUUAACAAAAUAAAAUGUGUCAAAACUACUAAAUUAUCAUUUUAGCAUUUCUAUGGUUCCAUAUAUGUUUUUGACACAUAUUAAAUUACAAUGUGUAAGAAUUACUAAUUUUUACAAUAUGAAUUUUUUUUUUUUUUAUCAAAUCAAACCUAUUAAACAAAUAUAUAUAAUGUAUAUUAUAUUUCAUUACAACAGUUCUGAAAAAAAUUUAAUUAUGUGUUAAUAUUUUGAAUAAUAAACAGAGUUUUUAGAUCCCUAUUUUAAGUGUUAUAUUUUAACAGUUUAUGCCCUAUAUAUGUAAACAAAAUCUACUAAAAUAUAUUAAUUUGUUAUUUAAACCAGCUUGAAUAAAAAGCAGUCUGUUAUUGUACAAAACAAAUAAUAAUAAUUACUGUAAUUUAAGGGAUAAUUUACAAAGCUGUUAGUACUAUUAAGUUAUCCAAUUUACAAUUGACAAUUUUAUUUAUAGAUCUAUACUGCUUAUGAUUCUAUAAGUUGAUAAUGAAUAUUUAUGCAAGCCACCCUAAUUCUACUGUAAUAGAUUAUUUUAUUUUACUGCAUUGGCAAUCAUAUUUCGUGACACGUUUUAUUAAAAUUUAUAUUCAUAUUUAAAAAUAAAAACAUGAACAUAUUACACAUAUUAUACAAAACAAUAUUCUAUUAUUAUUAAACAAAGUAUCAAAUAUUACAUUAUUUUUAUUAAGAAUAUAUAAUAUCAAACUACUAUUACUGCAUUAUCUACUUUAAAAUAUUUUGCUGCGUCGUUAAUACAUAUGUUUUGUAAUUGUUAUUCAUGUUUAUGUGAUUAUGUUAACCACCAAGAUUUAUAUGUAGGUUGAAAACAGCUAGCUUCAUUAAUAUGAGGUGUUAGGUCAAAAAAUGGUUUAAAACUUUUGACAGUGGAUUCGACCAUAGGGACAAUAUUGCACUAGUGAUAUAAAUGUUUUUCUUUUGAUGCUUCUAACCUUGAUUUUAGCGAGAAAAUAGUGAAAAUUGCUCAUAAUAACAUUUAAGUUCAGAUUGUAAAAAAUAAAAAGCACAAGCUAUAGGUUUUAAAACCAUUAUAAAUUCAUCUUAACAUUCAAAUCGGAUUCUUUAAAUAUAUAUAUAAGUUAAAUUGAGUCAUUUCAAUAAACUAUUCAAUCAGACUUUAUAUGUUUACAGUCGAGUUACUGCAUCGUAAAGUGAGUUCCAUCGAUUAGGUACUGAACACUGAAAUAAACCAGAUUAACUCUAUUUGACUAAAUUUGUUGAAAAAAAUAUUGCUGUAUAAGUUGGUAACAAAUUAAGACAGUACUUGGAUGAACGGCAAAAAUUAAUUGAAGUCUAAAAUAACUAUCUAUAUUAAAAGUGUACAUUAUAAUUUAGAGAUUCAGAUAACCAAAACAAUAAAAUUAUGUACCUAUUGGCUCUUUCCUAUGUAAUAGAUGUACAUCAGUACAUGCACCUGUGAUAGGUAGAUACACCAUUAUCUGCGUUCAAUGAUAUAAUUUUUUUUUUGUGAUUUGAUAAAUGAUGUCGAGAAUAUUGAGUUGUUUAUUAUUAUAGAUUUGUAGACUGUGUGGAUUUUCCGUAUGUGUGGUAGGUACUCAAGCUAUUUUAUCGCCAUUGCCAUAUACCCACAAAAAUGUAAUCAUUGUAAUGUUAUUGUAAAUACUAUCAUUUUUUCUAAAAUAAUUGGAGGUUGUAACCUAAUAAUUGUAAAUUGAGGUACCUAAAAUAAACAUAUAUAUAUAUAUAUAUAUAUAUGUUAAGGUAUAAGUACAAAUACCGGUAAAUCCUAUGUUUUACCAAAUGUGGUUGGUAAAGAUACACACAUUUAUGUUAUCUUAUUAUAUAUUGUGACAACAAAUUUAAAUUAUUAUACAUUAUUUAUUUAUGCAGACUUGGCUACUGUGACAAUACAUUUUUGGAUCGGCACUUACAUCUAUUUGUGAUACAUUUUCUCAAACAGUCGCACCUUAUAAAACCUUGUCUACUAGUCAAAGAAAGCUGCAAUACUGUUUUAUGAAUACCAAUUUCAUUGUCUGGAAUUAUUGCCGAUUCUAAAAAAAUUUCUUUGUAUAAAGUGAACUGAUUCCAAGUGAAAAGUUGAGAGUGUUCUUGCUUUUGCACCCAAAAGGCAUUACAAAUCUCUAUCCACAAUUCGUAACACCACAGGAAUAUGCAAACAUCAACUUUACUUAAAUUGACUUCCAUAAUUUUAACCUUAACGGUUUGUCCAAUUGGCAUUUGCUUGUUUGACAUUUCCUUCAUUUUUCUGGCUUAUUUUUGUAGUCAAAUAUAUCAUUCUUUUCAAUGUUGAUUAAUUGUCUUGUGCCCGUGCUAGCAUUAUAUUUUCUAUAUAUUCUCAACUGGUGGAUAAGGCUAGAUAAGGUGUGACUGUUUGAAAAAUGUAUCACAAAUCGAUGUAAGUUUCAAUCCAAAAAUGUAUUGUCACAGUAGCGAAGUCUGCAAAAAUAUAUAAUAAUAAUAAUAUGAAUUUGUUAUCACAAGAUUUUAAUUUAUGAUGACAUGAAUAUGUGUAUCUAUCUAUCUAUCUAUCUAUCUAAUGUACUUAAAUAAUGAUAUAUGUGCAAACUACAAAUAUAAAGCAAGGGAAAAAAUAAUUAGUUAACAAUUUUGGACUUUUACCAAUGUUGGUUGUUUAUCCUAAGAUUUACCAUUCUGAUUUGUAAAAGUCUGAACUACAAAACUCAUUCGGGGUUUGACCAAUCUAUUUUGUGUAUCCUAGAUUUUACCGAAAUCAAUCAGUACAUUUCCAAAAAUUUGGACAUUUACCAAUCACAGUUGGUAAAACCUGGGAUUUACCAGUAUUCAUACUUUUACCUUUUUAUAUAUAUAACAGUUAUUAUUUUUAUCUGUUUUUAUCUGUCUUAGUAAUAAUUAUAAUUUAACUUUAAUAAACAUUUGUUUAACUAAAUAAUAAUUUUCAUCUUGUUUACAGAAAGGACUAAAAAAUGUAUUUGAUGAAGCUAUUCUUGCAGCUUUAGAGCCUCCAGAACCAAUAAAAAAGAGAAAGUGUGUUAUAUUGUAGAGCUGCGGACAAAUAAACAGGUGCGACAAUUAUGUCAUAAAAAUAUUUAUAAAAAAAAAAUAAAUCAUGAUUUAGUAUGGAUACAACAAUGAAAUAAUUAUUUUGUUUUUACUAAUCUAUAAAUAUAUAUAUAUAUAUAUAUAUAUAUGAAUAAUUUAUUUUAUAUUUUACAUGAAAUAUGUGCAUCCAGUGUAUAUUAAUAUUGAAUAAUAAAUAUGUAGGUUUUUUAUACGCCAUAAAUAAUUGUGGUUAUUAUUAUUAUUAUUAUUAUUUUUUUUUUUUUUUUUUUUAUGACUUGAUUUAUUUUAUUUUUUUGUUCUUUUGUCAAUCCUAUAUAUGUAUCAUUAUUUUAUGUUAAUUUGAUUUUUUUUUUUUUCUUGAACAUGAUAUUCACUUGUAUAACAUCAGUAACUUUAUUAUUAUUUCAUAAUUAAUAAUAUGAUUAAGAUAGGUUAGAUACCUAUUAAUUAUUAUUAAAAUUGAAAUUAAAUCCAGCCAUAUUAUGAAAAUACUAUUUACCACAGAAAUCAUGUGUAGAUGACUAAUGUAUGGCUAAUAAACCAAAAAUUAAUAAUUGUAUCCAUUUAUGAAAGUAGGUAAAUUGUUUGCCGAAUUUAAUUUUAAAAGUAGAUUAACAAAUAUUUUUUUAAAUUAACUUUUUUUUACGCUUAAUUGUAUUUCUAUUUUUUAUAAUAACUGACUUGUAGACCAAUUAAUUUUAAUACAGUGUAAAAUGAAUAACAACUCAAAAAUGCCUUUUGGCCUUUUUUUAUGUCUCCGGAUUUACAAAAGUACAAAACCAUUGUAUAGUUAAUGUUGUACUUUUAAAUGCUUAUGAACAUUAAACUCUUAUCUCUACUUGAAAGUGAUAAAGAAUAUGACAUACAGAUAAUAAUUAUUAAUACAAUCAAAAUGAUAUAUUUAGAAUAAAAGACUUAACUAUAUUAUAUAAUAUUGUCAAUCCCCUUUAUUAAAUUGUUGUUAUACUGCAGGUGCAAUGUUUAAAAUUGUAAAGGCCUCAAAAGGUUGUACAAUUUACUUAAUAAAGUAGGAAAGUAUAUAAUACUUUUAUAAUAAUAUAUUCUAGAAGUUAUGAAUAAUCUUGAUGUCACAUUGGUUAAUAAAAAUUUUAUUUUUAAUUGGUAUUUUUUCUUUAUGUGACCUGAACCGAACUCUUUAACAAUAAUAGUUUUAAAGUCAAGUGAUACAAUUAUCAUAUUUUAAGCGCUUUCAC